CCCCCAACCCCAAUCAUCUCUCACCCUCCCCUCUCUUAAAACCCAAAAGCCCAGGUCCAAUCUCAACAGACCGACGAUGUCAGGCCGAGGAAAGGGCGGCAAGGGCCUGGGCAAGGGCGGAGCAAAGCGCCACCGCAAAGUCCUCCGCGACAACAUCCAGGGCAUCACCAAGCCGGCGAUCCGCCGCCUCGCCCGCCGAGGCGGAGUCAAGAGGAUCAGCGGGUUGAUUUACGAGGAAACGAGGGGGGUUUUGAAAAUUUUCCUCGAGAACGUGAUCCGCGACGCCGUGACGUACACCGAGCACGCCAGGAGGAAGACGGUGACGGCGAUGGACGUCGUUUACGCUUUGAAGAGGCAGGGCAGGACUUUGUAUGGAUUUGGUGGUUGAAAGCCUGAGUCCUUUUUUUUCAUAAAUGGUGCUUUUGAUGUUAGUAGAUUUAUUCGGUUUGUUCUAGUUGUAGUAUUUGGAUCCAUGUGUAUUACUGGAGUUUAUGUUUAAUCAUGCGAAAUGCUUGAAAAAUUUACUGAAAAAUUGGUUAAUUUCACGAAAACCCCUGAACUCUCGGGGUGCUUGUUCUCAA